AUGGACAUUUACGGAGCUUUCCAGGUGUGUUCCAUAGCCAUUCUAGCGGCUCCACUCACCGUUCGCUUGUCCAAAACCUACUUUUACGAUCCCGGUCGGAAUCUGAUCUUUGUGUGGACUGGCCUCAUAUUGGCUGGCCUGCUCUCUCUGGCUGUCGAGUUCUAUCGUGUUACCCCAAUCGAAUGUCCCACUCCAGUUCCAGGAGGCAAGCACUUCCCCUAUGGAAACGAGACUUGCGGCUUGAUAUGCAGCGAGGAUGACCCUACCGGUAGGAGUCCUUAUUCUCCACUGCGCGCUGGUCCCGCCGCCAACAUCGGCGUCAUUCCUAUACCAACCGUCUUGACCUUCAAUACAGGCAUGCUGGUUGCCACAGCAUGUUGCGUCCCUGCCGUCGUCUCGUUGAUGUUCACCUGGGACAAAAUUCUGGCUCUUCACUGGAAGCGGCGAUUCGGACAUCAUGAGCAAACUGAACGAAAUAGAAGUAUCGAGCCCAUAGAAGGGACCAAUGGUGCUACGGAAGCGCACAUGGAUGGUAUAAAUGGUGCCAUUCGACGUGUGCUGAAAGUGAUCGAGAUUCCACUAUUCAGCGCCGCAAUACUUGCCAUACUCAUCACGGGAGAGAUCAAUUUUUUCAGCCAUCAAGUUCGCUGGGAGACCGAGCCCAUCGCUAGUGUUGGUCAAUGGGGUCCUAUUGCCGGUACAAUCUUCGCUGCGCUUGGCUCUCUCUACGUCCUCCUUAUGACUGGAGAGGAAGAAAAGCCUAGUACCCCGCACAGUGACAACGAGUGUACAUGCCAUUGUGGGAAUCAUCUCCAACGACAACCCACGUUCACGCUCGAGCAAGACACCGAUGACUCUCCGAGUCAGAUCAGCCUUGAUGAUAACGGCGCACCGAUGCAACUUCGAAGAUCUCACGAAACAUUCAUCACAGAUAGCACUCAUCCACGCAGAUCCACGGACCCAGGGGGUCGUCGUAGAGUUGCUGAGAUGCUGCAGAGAGCUGGCGAUAAACUUGGGUCCGCCGCUCACAAUAAAUACGAUGAGAGACACUACAACCAUAGCAGAGCACGCGAGUUUCCAGAAAUACCUGGCGAAAAUUUGCGCAAUCCUGAAUUAAACGAACUGCAGAGGCAGUACAGCAUCCGGAGAGAUGUGGUCCUCCGCGAGGAGAAAUCAAGAGCUGCUAGCCCUUCACCAAGCAACCUGACCUUUCCGGACCUUGAUGCUAGCCCUACUGCCAGCCCAGUGCUUCAGCAGAACGAAUUCUCUGAGAGCCCGGAAAGAAUGCCAACACGACGCGACACACUUGAAAUUCCUUCACCAACUCAUAAAAGUUUUCCAGACUUAGAGCCAGGGCGGACUCCUGCUCGACGCGCUACACUUGAAGUACCUUCCCCUGCGAAGAUAACAUCAUCUGAGACCGAUCGCGGUCGAAUCCCCGCACGACGGGCCACUCUUGAAGUGCCCUCACCCACACAAUCGAGCCAGAAUAGCGCGGAUCGCGAGCGCCUUCCUGCGCGACGUGCCACUCUCGAAGUACCUCCAGCUACUCAUUCGCCGGCAUUAUGA